AUGAGCUUCCAGAAGCCCAGCCAGCAGCCCACGCCGCAGACGCAGCAGGCCCCGGCCAAGCCGCCUCAGCUGCCCGAGAUCGAGGACGACGACGAAUUUGAAGAGUUUGAGACCGAUGACUGGACUGUCGCCCACGAGGACCGCGACGACCCCGCUCUCUGGAGAGACAACUGGGACUCGGAUCAUGUCGACGAUGCAUUCUCCAAGCAGCUGAGGGCCGAGCUCGCGAAGCUUUCCAACCCCAACGAGGCCGGGUCAAAGUGA